AUGUCUCUGGUAGUCUACACUCUUCUCAUCAUCCUGUGCAAUGUUUGGUGCUUGAUCCAUGGGACUUCUGUGGCGGCCCCAGACGUUGCUGUAAGGUGUGCUGAAGAAGCACUCCUGCCCUGUAAGGUUCUUCAGGACACCUCAAUCGCCUACCAGACAGCAUCUUGGUAUAAAAUGGCUGGAGACGGCAAAGGAAUAGCAUGGGAAGUCCUUGAUGUGGAAUCUCGUUAUCCAAAAGAACUUGGGGGGUCCUUGGAGCUCUCCAACGACACCUUCUUUUCACUGAGGAUCAAAAAUGUUACCAGCCAAAACAGCGGGAUAUAUAAAUGCACUUUGGGGGAACAGAAUGGGGAACAGAGUCUAAGCAGCACAGUCACAUUAAAAGUAACAGGUUGCCCUGGAAUAGAAAAAGAAAAAUUUAAAAAGUACAAGGGUGAGCUCUUCAUGCUGACUUGCCUGGGGAUUUUUUACUUGCUGCUCAUCUUCUUUACCUGUACAUGUCUAAGAAAAGAGAGUAUGUCUCCCAGUUACCAAAAAAACAGACCAGAUAUGAAACACAUGCUCACCCUCAUCAAUGUACAUGAAAUGACAACUUUCCAGGAUUUAAACAGCAACAGCACUUGCAAAAAUGAGCUUACUUCAAGUUCUGUCUAAGUUGACGUUGAUGACAGUGUGGUCUUAUCAAUAAAUGCAAGCUGGAUGGCUGAGUGGUAUGGAGAGGAAAUGAAUGAUAAUAUAUGGUCUCUUCAGAACAGCCUGAAAGUACAGGUAACUUGUCAGUGAUCUGUUUGUGCUGGACAAGCCUUCGAAAAGCACUGUUAUGCACUACAGUAACUUUUGAGAAUUAGUCAGCUAAGAAAUACCAUUACAGCUACACAACGUGUUACAAUGCUGUUAUGAAGUUGGUACCAACUUUAUUUCACUCUGCUGUGAAGCCCUCUUUUUCUGAGCAAGAACACACUUAUAAUAUGAAGACCAAGUUAUAGGGAGGCCAUGGCAGUGCAAAGCUGGGGGAUUAAGCUCUUCACUGAACUGAUAGCUCUCACCUUUCCAAAGCAAACACAACAGGUGCUGCGGUAUGAAAAGCUACGUGUGUGGGGCUGUCUCCGUUCUGAGCCUGAUUCUGGGUGGAGUUCUUUUACUGCAACUGAGAUGUAACUUAUCAUGUGAUGUUUAAGUAAGCUGAAGUGGUAACUUGUCCUGGAUGGACUUGUCCUGGAUGGAUCAAAGCAACAUCCACUUUUAAA